AGGCCCUUAGAAGAUGUUCAUUGAUGGUUGAAAGGAAAGGAAGGAGACAGACAUGGUGAAGGAGCUGGAGUGUUUGUCUGGCCCACUCUGCCAGCCAGAACACCCCCAUUUCCCCCCCUUCUAGGGUGGCGCUGAAGGAGCGGAACAGAGUGGUGCCUGAGAGCGACUCUCCGGUGAAGAGGUCGGGCAGGAAGGCGGCCCGGGUCCUGUGCAGCGAAGGGGAGGAGGAGGAGGAGGACGAUGAAGCCAUCACGUCCCCCAAAAGCCAGAAGCCUGCCCCCAGCUCUCCACAAGUCUCCCCUCCCGCUCCUGUCACGUCCCCUGCGAGCAGCCCCUCCCUCUCCAGCACCUCUCCAGCAGCGACCAUCUCCCCGUCAGGGAUCCCGAAGCGGCUCACAGCUCGAAAGCAGUUUUCUAAACGGAAGAUUCAGGAUGUCCUAGAAGAGCACAGCACGGACAAGGGCCAAGAAGUCAAGAGGAAGAAGGUGGAGGAAGAAGCAGAGACCCCAACAGAAAACCUCCCAGAGCUGGAAGGGGCCAAAGAGAAGAAAGCAGAAGAGGGGGACCUGCCCAUGAUGCCCCCCGAGCCCCAAAACGCCUGCAAAGCUGAGCCGCCGACAGAAAGCGGUUCAGAGCCCGUGGUGGUGGUGAAGCAGGAGCCCCAGGACGAGGAGCAGGCCAAGCCGCCCCCCAGAGCUCCCAAGAUGCUCAGCAGUUUCUUCACCCCCCGGAAGCCGGCAAUCAAAAAGGAAGUGAAAGAAGAGGGGCCUGGCACCCCAAGAAAGGAGGCGUCCACGGGCCCCCUGGACCCAUCCAGCUACAACCCUGCCAAGAAAAACUACCAUCCUGUCCAGGACGCGUGCUGGACGCAGGGCCAGAAGGUCCCUUACCUGGCGGUGGCCCGGACGUUCGAGAAGAUCGAGGAGGUUUCUGCUCGGCUCCGGAUGGUGGAGACGCUGAGCAACUUGCUUCGCUCCGUGGUGGCCCUGUCGCCCCCAGACCUCCUCCCCAUCCUCUACCUCAGCCUCAACUGCCUCGGGCCCCCCCAGCAGGGCCUGGAGCUCGGCGUCGGGGAUGGUGUCCUUCUCAAGGCGGUGGCCCAGGCCACAGGUGAGGAGGGGCUGCG